AUGGACGGGUCGCUUCUUUCGAAGUCACAAACGCUGGAACUGCGGAAUAAAUUCAUAGGGCCAUCCUGCACAUUAUUCUUCAAGUCAGACCCUCUGAAAAUUGUGAGAGCAUCAGGCCAGUAUAUGUUUGAUGAGAAUGGCCACUCUUACCUGGACUGCAUCAACAAUGUUUGCCAUGUUGGACAUUGUCACCCAGAUGUUGUCAAAGCAGGAUAUGAACAGAUGCAGAAACUCAACACAAACUCCCGCUUCCUACACGACAACAUUGUCUUACUGGCGCAGAAGCUGGCGUCGACCCUGCCUCCUAGCCUCUGCAUGGUUUAUUUUACCAACUCGGGGUCAGAGUCCAAUGACCUUGCCAUCCGCCUGGCCCGUCACCACACCAAGGCCACAGAGAUUAUUGCUCUGGACAGAGCAUAUCAUGGUCAUGUGGUUUCCUUGAUUGACAUCAGCACCUACAAACUGAAUAAUAUGACAGACGGAGUGCACAAAAAGCCAGACUUUGUUCAUAUAGCUGAAUGCCCAGACAUAUUUCGCGGAAAGUAUGUGGAUACAGAUUACCCACAAGAGCACCUGGGAGCCUUGUAUGCUUCGGAUGUGGAUGACAUUAUCACCAAUAUUCAAAGAAACAACAAGGAUGUCUGCUGCUUCAUUGCUGAAUCCAUGCAGAGCUGUGGCGGACAGAUUAUUUACCCUAGCGACUACUUGAGCAAAGUCUUUAAAUCAGUGAGAGCUGCGGGAGGCGUUUGCAUCCUAGAUGAAGUGCAGACCGGUUUUGGUCGUGUUGGAUCUCACUUAUGGGCUUUUGAAAGACAAGGAGUGGUUCCUGACAUUGUGACUAUAGGCAAGCCCAUGGGGAAUGGACACCCGGUAGCUGCUGUCAUCACCACAAAAGAGAUCGCUGCCAGUUUUGGAGCUUGUGGCGUGGAGUACUUCAACACUUAUGGAGGCAAUCCUGUAUCCUGUGCCAUAGGACUGGCAGUUCUGGAUGUCAUAGAGAAGGAAGAGCUCAUGAAGAAAGCUUGCCUGGUGGGAGAUGCUAUGAGCAGCAAAUUGUUUGAUCUCAAGGAGAAAUACCCCAGCAUUGUAGGAGAUGUCAGGGGCUUAGGGCUGUUCUGGGGCAUUGAUAUGGUGAAGGAUCAAAAUACCAGAAAACCUGCCACAGAAGAUGCAGCUUUUGUAGUUAAGAGGAUGAAGGAAGAGCGUAUCCUAGUAAGCAGAGAUGGGCCCUAUGAAAAUAUACUGAAGUUCAAGCCACCGAUGAGCUUCAGUGUUGACAAUGUUGACACUCUUACUGAAAUGCUGGACUCAGUCUUCUCAGAGCUCUCCAGAAAGAGAGAAUCUGCCUCACAGGAAGUGACUGACAGCAACAAUUCUGCAGUGAAUGAUGAAUUAUCAACCAAUGGAGAACCACCAGUCAAACGGCCUUGCCUGAAUGGUAUAGAAACACAAACUUAUUAA